AUGGAGGGCCCAAAGGCCAUAUUACAUACGCUGGUCAGCGCAGAUGGAUCUGCAACCUACACGGCGAACAACGGACAGACGAUUGUCGCGGGCGUCAACUAUCCGGUCGAGGUGCCGUAUCGAAGUGAUGAAAUCCCAGAGUCAACCUUUAUCGACGUCAAUCUUCGACCGCAUAAUGGGGUGGGCAUGGUCAAAGAGCGACAUGUAGAAGACCUCAUCAUGCGAACACUGCAGACCAUUGUUCUCGGCGAUCUCACUCCCAGGACCAUGCUUCAAAUCACCCUGCAAGUGGUGAGUGUCGAGAGCGACGAAAGCCUACCCGGGGGUGUCAAGGGGGGCGGUCAAGGUGAGACAUAUCUCGACAUGCUCGCCUCUGCCUUGAAUGCCAGUGUGCUGGGAUGCUUGGAUGCGGGCGUGCAGAUGAAGGCGGUUGCCGGAGCAGCAUUGGUGGGCAUCGACCAGGAAGGACGCUUGGUUGUCGGGCCUGGAGUGGUACAGCGCAAGAAGUGCACCUCCUUGCAUGUUUUUGCCUUCACCAGUGACGGCAAAACAGUCUUGAUGGAGAGUGAAGGACAGUUUACCCUGAGCCAGUGGAGACACGCAGAACAGGUUGCCAGAACCGCUGUCCUUGGAAAUGUCAACAAGAUCGUGACAAGUGCAGUUAACAACAAACAGAACGACGACGGAGAUGUUGCCAUGAAUGGAACGAAUACUACUACAACCGAAAACUCGAACUCGGCUACGAGCGUUCUGGAUGUGAUCAGAAAGGCACUAGAAGCCCGAGUGAUUAAGGACGAGGGUCACCGACCAGAGUGA